UAUUGCAUCCCGAAGCAACGCCCUCCAUUAACAAAUAAUACAUAUUUAUUCUCGCAUUAAUAUGUAUAUAAAUAUUGAUUCUAGCAUAUAUCGUAAUCUGUGCUUUCCCGGAUAAACAAUCGUUUGACGGAAUUUGAUUUGAUUGCAAUUUUGAAUGCUGUAAUUAAAGCUCAAUUCGAUUCCUGAAGGCUUGUGGCGGAAAUCUACGAGUGUUGCAAACUUUAGGGUUUCUUGGAUGCGAAUUAGUAUUAUUUAUUUUAUUAUUGUAUAAAUGCUUUUGGAAGUGGAUCUAGGGUUUUUGUACAGACUGGUGGCUGCGGCUCUAGUGCUUCUGUUUGGCCCUGUGGGGUGGUUGGUGGUCCGUCAGAAAUGGCAGCACACAUUAACCAGGAAGGAUGAGAUCAGGAGACUUCUGGCCUUGGCGUCCGAUGAGGCAGCUAGGGCUGAGUUUGAGGCUGCCGCUGGUUACAGCUAUGUUUAUAGCCAUAGCUCUCCCGUGGCGGCCGAGCCUGAGGAGGAGACGGCGGUAUCUGUUUCAGGAUCAUCGCCGGUGCGGCAAUCCCAGUAUCAAUGUGAGGUGUGCUUUUCCCCAACUACAACGCGCUGCAAGCAGUGUAAAGCUGUUCAUUACUGCUCUGGAAAAUGUCAAAUAAUCCAUUGGCGACAAGGUCACAAGGAUGAGUGCCAUCCAUGUAAUAUCACUGAUCAAAACAUUGACGUGGGAGUCCAAUCUUGUCUUAAGGAGUUUAAGCAAGAUGAGGUUGAAAGUAGUGGUAAUUUUAUUGGGAAUCAAGGAAAAAAUCUUGCCAAACCUGUUGACUCAUCAUUCUUAGAAUCUACAUUUAUAAAACCGAGUCUUCAUGAAGUACCUAAUGGGAAAGAUAGUACUCAAGUUCAGAAUGCUGUCGAUGAGAAACAAAAUGAUGUAACUUUGAUGGCAUCAAGUACCUCACUUCCUGAUGAAUGUUCUCCAUCCACCGUUUUGUGGGAAUCGUCUGUCCCUUCAGGUGAAAACUCAAAUGACUCUUCUAGAUAUGACAGGCAGACUACCUGUACUAACAUGGAGAGAAGGAAGUCAAUAUCUUUGGAGGAACCUAUUAUGUUGGAUUUCACAGAUGAUGUUGCUACAAUUAAACCUAAUGAAUUCAAAUCUAGCUGUAUUGAUUUAGAUAAUCAAAGUGGAUCUUCAACUUCAUCAGGUUGGAGUGGCUCUGGUUCGGAAGAGCACUCAUUUUCUGAAUCUUCUACACCCUCUUCUGGUUUUUGGGAGGGAACAAUUGACCCAAUCAAAUCCAAGAUCGACGCACUUGAUCAAUGUGGUGAUGUUAAAGUGCCAAAUUGUCACCCUUCUGUAUGCUUUUCUAUUGCAGCUAGAAUUAAUGUUCGACCUGUAGAAGGUCUAAGUUCUAAUGCAAAUAGAAAUAUGGCAGGCGACCCUCAUCCAUCUACAUCAGUGCCCAAAAAGUCAACAGAUGCAGCUCCACUAUCAAAAGAAGCACAUCCAUAUGUUUUGAACUCUAGAAUACCACCAUUAAUUAGUUCAAAAACUUCUAAUAGUAAUGAUGUUCAGAAUAUUUCCACCGAACCUAGUUCAAAUUUGAGAGAAUCUAAGUGCUCCUCAUCUAGUGCUUAUUGUGCUCGUACAGCAUCAAGCUCUGAAAAGAAUUUUCCAAGUGCAAAUGUUAUGAGAGAUAGUAGUUUGCAAUCUUUGACACCUGAUGUGUUAAGUAAGAGGACUGAAGACACAAGCAGAAUUUCAAAGGCUGUGAAAUUUAUUGAAGUUGAUUCUCGGACAUCUAAAGUUGCUGGAACCCAGUUUUUUUCUAGCACCAAGAAGCCUGUACCUAAUGCGCUGUCCGUGAAGAUUGGCAGAGCUCAUGGGGUUGAUGCUUGUUCCUCACAGUGUGGUUGCCUAUCACAAAAAGCUAGGUUUGACACAAAUAUAUCAGUGAGGAUUUUGGACCCACUCAGAGAUUCUAAUUUGAUGUGGCAUAGCUCAUUAGACUCUCGAAGUGAUGCUAUGGGAAGAUUCAAGGGGCUGUUUCCUUAUGAUCUCUUUGUGAAGCUUUACAAUUGGAAUAAGGUUGAAUUACGCCCAUGUGGACUCAUAAAUUGUGGGAACAGCUGUUAUGCAAAUGCCGUGCUUCAAUGUUUGGCAUUCACACCACCUUUGACAGCUUAUUUUCUACAAGGACUGCAUUCAAAAGCCUGUCGAAAAAAAGACUGGUGCUUCACUUGUGAGUUUGAAACUCUUGUUUCAAAGGCCAGGGAAAGUUAUUCUCCUUUCUCGCCUAUUAGGAUAGUAUCUCAGUUACAGAACAUAGGAAGUCAUCUGGCUAAUGGGAGGGAAGAAGAUGCUCAUGAAUUUCUUAGAUGUGCAAUUGAUUCCAUGCAAGUUGCUUGCCUGAAGGAAUCAGAGAUUAAAGAGCCUAGCCCUUUGGAUGAAGAAACAACUCUCAUGGGGCUUACAUUUGGGGGUUACCUCCGAUCAAAGAUUGAGUGUAUGAGGUGUGGAGGCAAAUCUGAACGGCAUGAAAGAAUGAUGGAUCUUACUGUUGAGAUUGGAGGUGAUAUAGGAACUUUGGAAGAGGCCAUAGAGCAAUUUACUCACACCGAGACUUUAGAUGGUGAAAAUAAGUAUCACUGCAGCAGAUGUAGAUCAUAUGAGAAGGCCAAAAAGAAGUUGAGAGUACUGGAGGCCCCUAAUGUCCUCACUGUUGUGCUGAAGAGAUUUCAGGCAGACAAAUUUGGGAAGCUGAAUAAGAGAAUUAAAUUUCCAGAAAUUCUGAAUAUGGCCCCAUAUAUGAGCGGGACAAGCGACAAAUCCCCAAUUUAUCAGCUUUAUGGAGUAGUAGUGCACUUGGAUGUUAUGAAUGCAACAUUCUCUGGUCACUAUGUGUGUUACAUAAAGAAUAAUCACGGCAGGUGGUUUAAAGUCGAUGAUAGCACUGUACAAGUGGUGGAACUUGAGAAGGUUUUGACAAAAAAUGCAUACAUGCUUCUCUAUGCAAGGUGUUCACCACGUGCCCCAAGAUUAAUAAGGAGUUCGAUAGUUCCACAUGAUACAAGAAAAGCAAGACACCCGACAUGGAAGUCAAGAGCUCACUCAGCAGAUGGACAGGAUGUUUCUACGAGUGAAUUGAAUGUUCAGAAAUGCAAUGACUUUCCCUUUUGUUGCACGAGUUUCCAGCCAAUUCGGUCAAUUUUAGAAGACGACCGUAUGAGCGAGAAUUCGUCUUUCUUCUCUGAAGUUGGUUCUUACAGUACAGAGAGCACAAGCACUAACAUGGAAUCAACUGGCACUGAUGAUAAUUUUGAUCAAAUAUUUGGCGAUACUGGAAUCUGUUGGAAUAGAUUAUCUAGGAACUCCACAGAUUCUGAUACAGCUUCGUCGUCAUCCUCUCCAUCUCCAUUGCAUUCAAGACAUUCACCGCUCGCUGAUUUCGACUAUAGCUCUUCUGAAUGUCCCGAGACGUGUUGCCCUUGUGCAGAAUCAGCGGUGGAUCGUCCAGGUUUUUGGGCAGGCGAGGGGAGAGGAUCUCUUGUGUGUCGUAAACACUUUAGAAAGCCAGUCGAUAGCAGUAGUAGUAGUUGUAGGGAGCCCGGCGCCAAUAAAUUAGGACAGAAUUAUGAUGACAUGAAAUUUACUAGUGUAUCUUGUUCAAGAAGAUUCACAAGGGAGAGAGUCGAUUGAACUUUUCGUUAUAAAAGAUAUGUUAGCGAAUGCAACGGAAUAAAGAGUUUGAGAGGAGGGAUGUUAGGGAGUCUCUGUAUGUAUUUGAAAAUACACUCUCUUCCUUCCUGUUGGAAUUGGUAUCAUUUUGCCACCCUCUUCCGUUACCGUUAGCCUGUUAAUUAACAAAUAUUUUAGUAUUAACCGUGACUCUUCGUGGGUCACUAGAGUAGAAAGUCAAUAUUUUAUGGCUUUCCAUCUUCUAUCCUU